GCUAGAACAUUCAUGUAGAUCCAUGGCUUUGCCUGGUCGCACGCCACCGCAAUAUGGCAAGGAGCUUUGUUUUCUACGCAGCCGGUACAAAGGCUAUUCGAAGUGGUACUGCACCAGACGUCACCCUUGCUACCCUUGCCUCCUGGCUGGCCGGGCGUGCCACAUGCGGCGAUUUCAUGUUGACAACUCACAGGCGAUGCCCUGCAUGGAAUGCCAGAAGCAGGGCUUGCCCGCGCGGCUUUGUGCGGUGCCUCCGCCGCGGGAAUACCGGUCUGGAGGGUUGGACGCCGGGGACUGGGCGCGCGUGGAGACCGACAGCGAGAGCUGCCACAUCUGCGGAGAAAGGGAGCAGCAGAAGGGCGAUCUGUACUGCGCCAGCUGCGAAGCCUGGGUGUGCUGCAAUCCGCGGUGCCGGCGCCUGGCAAGGGUGGAGAACGAACGGCUCUGGUUCUGUUGCCACUGCCUGGGGGUGCCGCUGGAGUGCAAAUGUCUGCAGACCCACCGUGAGGUGGCCAAGAUGCUUGUGGAGGUGGAGCUGCAGGACUUGCCGGAUGCCCUGUGCUGCGCGGUGCGUCUGCCCAAGACCUGCCGCCAGCUGCGGCGCUGGCAGCGCCGGAGGGCCUGGUGGAUGCCGCGCGGCCUGCCGCGGAUCUUCCCGGAGGGCACCUGGCUGGACGAUGCAGCGGCGUUGCGCAAGAUGACCGUGGCUGAGUACGAGGCCCUGAAGAACCAGCUGCAGCACUUGCGGCGGGAGCUGCAGCAGCUUGAGCGCCCGGAGGCGCAGCGGAUGCUGUGCAUGAGGUGGCUGUUGAAGCUGCAAGACUUCGCGGAGCCCUCGCUGCUCUUCACCUUCCUCGUGCGGCUCCACAACGAGGCCGAGAAGGACCGGUUCCAUCUGCGAAACCGGUACCGCUGGCUCUAUGUGACGCCCUUGGACGCGACCAUCGCCUUUUGGCCCUAUUCCAAAAAAAUGGCGCCCACGACGCCAAAUCCCUGGCGGAUGAAGGAGAAGAAGGCCAAAAAGCGCGAGCUCCUUGCGAAGAGAAAAAAACAGAAGGUGACGGCGGACGUGCCGAGGAAGCCCCGCGCUUCCGAGGGGGAGCUGGCAGAGAUCAGGCGCCGGCGCGAGAUGGAAGAGAGCUUGGAGCAGGUGUUGCUGAACUCCCUGGAGGAGUUGGAGAAGGAAGACCAGGAAGACCAGGAAGAAGAGGAGAAGCACCACAAGCAACGCAAGCUGAAGAAGCAGUCUGACGAGGACUCUGAGUGAGCCUCCCCGGCGCGCGACAAAAAUCGGCUUCUGCUCGGACUGCAUGAAGCGCAUUGGGCACCCG